GACGCAACAUAUAAAACCAAUAAAAUGCGUUAUCCAUUGUAUACGUUACUAAUAGAAGAUAGCAAUGGAUUGGGACAACCUGUUGGAUUUGCUGUCUUGUCUAAAGAAGACCAAGCUCAUUUAGAAAAAUUUCUCGAGUUAUUUUCUGAGCUUAACGAUACAACAGGUGUUAAUUGUUUUGUUGUUGAUAAGGAUUUAGCUGAAAUUAAUGCCAUCAAAAAAGUUUUUCCGAAUAUUCAUAUUAACAUUUGCUAUUUUCAUGUCUUAAAGGCUGCCGAUAAGUAUCUUUCAAGUCUUAACGGAGAACUCGAAAAAAAGUCUUGUAUUAAACAAUUUGAAACUUUAUUAACGUCUAAAUCGUGUAACAACUUUGAUAAUGAACUACUUAAAAUCCAAAAUAUGUCAUUAAAAUUUUACAAUUACAUCUUAGAAAACUGGGUUCCCUUUAAAAAUAACAUAACUUCAUUUAGCAACUCCAACAUAAUGAACCUUCAGAAUAGGACUAACAAUAGAAUUGAAAGAUUUCAUCAUACACUGAAACGAGUAUUAGGCUCUGCACAGCUGUCAUUAGAUGGUUUAAUAAAGAAUCUCCUGACCAUAAUGGAUGUUCGAUCAUAUGAAACUCAUCACCGUCAGUUUGAUAUGAAUAUGAAAACUGCAAUUAUACCCCAACCAAAUGUUGUUGAGUAUUACAAACAUUUUACAGACUAUGCUGCAGGAAUAAUUGCAAAACAAAUACAAGUUGUAGGAUCAAAAAAGUAUUCAAUUAUUAAAUUUGAAAACCAUUGGAAAGUAAGUUAUAAUGACAUACGCACUUUUCAAUGUGUGGAAGGCUUUAACUGUUCUUGUGGAAUGCCAACUCAAAUGGGAAUUCCGUGUCGUCAUCUUAUUGCUGUUUGGAUGUUUACUAACGAACCGCUCUUUCAACCGCUUUCAGUUUCUUCGAGAUGGAGAAGAGAGACAUCGCAAUAUUUCUCCAGUGAUGCAUCUGCAAAUAUGGCGGUUAGUUCUUCUACUGGGUCUGUGACACAAUUUAACUUUGAUGUUUCCAAAAGUACCAGAAAUGACAGAUUUAACAGUGUAAUGGUUGUUCUUAAAGAUCUAGCUUCCAUUAUAGCAGAUCAACCAAGUUCGAAUUUUAAUGGAAACUUUAGCGCAGUUGAAAAAUUUAAAAUGUUGAUAAUGUAUCAAAACAACUUUGCUUUGAAUGCUAGCCUGCAGAAUCUUAUUGAUGAAUUGCAACCAGAAAAGUGCACUACACUUGACGUGACACCAUCAGAAAAGACACUAUUGCAUAAGUUUUUACCCUCUCCAGAACGUGCAAACGACAUCAUUGAACAGUCAAUUGAUUGCCCUUCAGACCAGUCAACAACAUCAUCUAUUGACUUUUCACUGAUCUCAACUGCAGAAAAUGUCAUUUUAGAUUUGAAAUCGCCUCAAGAUAGAUUACCUUUAACAACAACGAUAUGUAAAAAUGUUCAAUUGACACCAAAUAAAGAUAAUCUAAUAGGUGCUGCCGACAACUCAAAUAGUAAUGAUUUAGUAGGCUUAAAUAAAGUUAUUUUUCAACAACUGCCCAAACCUCGUGGUCGUCCUGUUGCAAAACGUGCAAGACCUUUUAAAGUUAAAAGAAAAUACUCUCCACCGUCGGAGGAUCAUAACAAAACAAAAAAAUCAAAAACAGUUUCCUUAAAAAAAGUAAACGGAAUAAAAAAGGAUGUAAAUGACAGCAUUUGUUUUGUAUGUGGAGCCGAGGAGCCGUCAAUAGAUAUUACUCUGAUUGAUUGGAUUGCCUGCAGUAAUGAUUGCGGGCGUUGGUUUCAUACCUGCUGCUUAUCAACUAAUAAACAGAAAUGUCGAGAUAGCUUUUGUUGUGCUUGGUGUUGCACACAAAAAAGAGAAACAUAACAAAGUCAUUUUCACGUUUAUUACAUUAAAUUUUAUUAACACUUAGUGGCAUUAAAACUGAAGUACGAAAAAAAAACUUUAUUUAAAAUAAAUCUUUUUUAAAAUGCAAAAAAUGGUUUGA